AAGAUUGGCAGUACUUCAAAAUAUUAAGAAAUAUUACUGGUAAAACUACACUGUAAUACACUGAGCCAAAGUAGAUAUCAUUCAAAAUGUUAAGAGUAAUUGUAACCAGUUGCUACAUCUGAUGGAAAAGGCUCUAUAAAAAGUUGGAUGAUUUAAUUUUAUGAAUGUAAGACUACUAUCAAUUAAACUUGAAUCAUAUUCUAUAAUUCAUCAAAAGGAUACACAAUUAAAUGAGAAGGUUUAAUUUUGUUUGUUUUUUGUUGCAAGUGUAAAUAAGUGAUUUUAUUAUUUAAUGGAUUACACCUCAGUACAGCAGAUGGCGCUAAUACACUGCGAUUAAAAUUUACAGACGAAGAAGACGACUUUGUUCUCUUUACUUUGUGAAAAUUGUUAAACAACUCCCUCAAUGUUUGGUAUAAAUGUUAAUCAACGCCGCAGUAAAAAUAGCUUUUGUCCUGUUCCCCUUAAAAUCUGGUGUAAUUUCGUCAGCGGUCUGUUUGCCUCUGUCAGUGGGCGGAACCCCAGAGCGAUACGUCAACAAUUGCGUCACUUGUGCUGGGGGGGCGGAGUGGAGAGCGUUCUCAGAACUGCGCCUGCGCACUGUAUCCGGUCUGUUCUGUGUUAGCAACAACAAAGUGAAGCUGGAGCAGAGUCCGUGUCGCCUCUACGCUGUCAGCAGCAUCUUCACUAUCGUCCUCCGCCGGGGUCCGCUGGCUGAGAGGAUGGUUGAGCGAAACGGGAGCCGGAGAAGUGAAUGACAUUUGUAAGACGAUGGCUGUUGAUGCCUGCCAGUUUCCAAACGUGGAAGGAGGACGCAGAACCAUGUUGCUUUAAAUUGUGACCUGCGGUGAACGGGGGAGGCAGAACAGGAGGAGGAGGAGGACUGAGGCGUAGGCAAGCAUUGAGUGAUCUGCCACGACUCCCAGUUGGUGGCCCACCGCAAGCGCGACGCAAUGGGCAACACGGCCACCAAGUUCCGCAAGGCGCUGGUGAGCGGCGACGAGGCGCUGGCCUGGCAGCUGUAUGAGGGCAACCCUCAGUUCAGGGACAGCCUGGACCCGAACGCAUCAUACGGAGAGCAGUACCAGCACAACACACCUCUGCACUACGUAUGCCGCCACGCCAUGACGCGGCUGCUCAGGUCGUUCCUGUUCAGCAAAGAGGGCAACCCAAACAAGCGCAACGUGCACAACGAGACAUGCCUCCACGUCCUGUGCCAAGGCCCGCAGAUCCUGCUGCUGCCAGAGGGAGCGCUCUCUCCACGGCUGGCCCGACCGCAGAGGGACGAGCAGCGCCGCGCAGACUGCCUCCAGAUGAUCCUGAGCUGGACCGGCGCCAGACUGGAAGGAGGCCAGUACGAGAAGGCCAACGUGAACGCCACCGACAACCACCACAGCACCUGCCUGCACUACGCCGCUGCUGCAGGCAUGAAGAGCUGCGUGGAGCUGCUGAUCCAGAGCGAGGCCGAUCUCUUUGUGGAGGACGAGGACAAGCUGACGCCUUGCGACCACGCCGAGCGGCACCACCACACCGACUUGGCACUCAGCUUGGAGUCGCAGAUGGUUUUCUCCUGCGCCUCGGCUCAGCAGUCAAACGGAGACGCACACGGCGAGAGCCGCCUGCCGCAAUAUAAGGAUCCUUACGAGGGACUGAAGAUUCAGGAUCUGCGCCGACUGAAGGACAUGCUGAUCGUAGAGACUGCGGACAUGCUGCAAGCUCCACUUUUCACGGCUGAAGCCCUGCUUCGAGCGCAUGAUUGGGACAGAGAAAAGCUUCUGGAAGCCUGGAUGUCUGACGCUGAAGGCUGCUGCCAGCGCUCUGGCGUCACCAUGCCCACCCCACCGCCCAGCGGCUACAACGCCUGGGACACCCUGCCGUCUCCCCGCACUCCAAGGACGCCGCGCUCACCCCUAACGCUCACCCUCACCUCCCCCACCGACAGCUGCCUGACACCAGGAGAGGAAGGCCUGGCUACGUGUGGCAUCUGUCUCUGCUCCAUCUCAGUCUUUGAAGACCCGAUCGACAUGUCCUGCGGUCAUGAGUUUUGCAGAUCCUGCUGGGAGGGGUUUCUCAACAUAAAGAUUCAGGAAGGCGAUGCUCACAACAUCUUCUGCCCUGCCUACGAGUGUUACCAGCUGGUUCCUGUGCAUGUGAUAGAGAGCGUGGUUUCUAGAGAGAUGGAUCAGCGGUACCUGCAGUUCGAUAUCAAGGCCUUCGUGGAAAACAACCCAUCCAUCCGCUGGUGUCCCGCGGCUCGCUGUGAGCGAGCGGUGAGGCUCACCAGACCGGGGCCCGGAGACAGCGACCCCCACAGCUUUCCCCUGCUGCCGUCCCCAGCUGUCGACUGUGGCAAGGGUCACCUGUUCUGCUGGGAAUGCCUCGGCGAGGCCCACGAGCCGUGUGAUUGUCAGAUGUGGAGGAACUGGCUCCAGAAAGUCACAGAGAUGAAGCCUGAGGAAUUGGCAGGAGUGAGCGAGGCGUACGAAGAUGCCGCUAACUGCCUGUGGUUGUUGACCAACUCCAAACCGUGUGCCAACUGCAAGUCGCCCAUUCAAAAGAAUGAGGGCUGCAACCACAUGCAAUGUGCCAAAUGUAAAUAUGAUUUCUGCUGGAUAUGCCUGGAGGAGUGGAAGAAGCACAGCUCGUCCACAGGAGGCUACUAUCGUUGCACUCGCUAUGAGGUCAUUCAGCAGCUAGAAGAGCAGUCCAAAGAGAUGACUGUGGAGGCAGAAAAGAAGCACAAAAGUUUCCAGGAGCUGGACCGUUUCAUGCACUACUACACUCGCUUCAAGAACCACGAACACAGUUACAAGUUGGAGCAGAAGCUGCUGAAAACGGCAAAAGAGAAGAUGGAGCAGCUGAGCAGAGCCUUCAUUAGCCGUGAGGGCACUCCUCCAGACACCCGUUUCAUUGAGGACGGCGUGACCGAGCUGCUGAAGACGCGCCGUGUGCUGAAGUGCUCUUACCCGUACGGCUUCUUUCUGCAGCAGGGCAGCACGCAGAAGGAGAUAUUUGAACUCAUGCAGACGGACCUGGAGAUGGUGGUGGAGGAUCUGGCUCAGAAGGUCAACCGGCCGUACCUCAGGACGCCGCGGCACAAAAUAAUCAGCGCGGCGCGGCUGGUGCAGCAGAAGCGGCAGGAGUUCCUGGCGUCCGUGGCCCGCGGCGUCGCUCCCAACGACUCUCCCGAUCCGCCCCGCAGGAAUUACCCUGGAGGAUCCUGGGACUGGGAGUACCUUGGCUUUGCAUCACCUGAGAUGGGAAGCCGUCACUCUGUACUGGGAGCAGGAGAUCACAGAGAGAGACAGUCGCAGGAUUAUGCUGACAUCCAGUACCGGCGCAGACACAGACCGCGACGCAGAGGAGACAUGCUGAGUCUGCACAACCUCAGAAGCAGCAGCAACACGCCGGAGACCAGCAGGAGGAGCGAUAACACAGAUCCAGCAGAGAGGACUGAAGGUCGCCGGAGAGCCCUGGGCUCCCUCGACGAAGACGACCCCAACAUCCUCCUCGCCAUCCAGCUGUCGCUCCAGGAGUCCCGGAGAGAGCAGGGCCCGGACGGCGGCGCGGAGAGGAGGCCGGGGACGGCGGGUGAUCUGGCCGACGUCGCUUUGCACUCCCUCAACAUGGAGGACCCUCCGGGAGCCCGUGGCCCCUCCUUCCCCGCUUCCCUGCUGGACCCCCCUCGUCCCCCCAACAGGACAGACUCCACCACGACUCAGCCGUCCGUGCUCAGCUCCCUGCCCCUGCCGCCCCCUCCUCCCACCCUCAGCGCCGAGCUGCUGGAGCUGGGAGACAGCCUUAUGAAGCUGGGGAACAUCACCACUCCUUACAUGGACCCGGAGCCGGUGUGCAGCCGCGCCACGCUCGCCGCUCCUUACAGCGACUGCGGCCACAGGCCGGACCAGAACACAUCGACUCCACACGACGGUCUGGAUCAGAUUGCCGUCACAGACCCCCAUCAUGACAGCAAAGAGCCGAGCUACUGCGGCUCCUAUUCGGCUGAGAGUGAACACACUGCCUCCUGUGUGCUGGAUUGCACUCAUAACCCCCCCCAUCCUGGCGUGUACAGCCGGGAUCCGGACGAAGUGGAGCGCUCCUACCUGCCGGGAAGCUCCUACACCGCCGAACAUCCCUCCACCUACGCUCUGGACCCGCCCCGGUCCGAGCCCCAGCCUCCUGUCCAGCUGUGCCUCCCGUCGCCGGAGCUGGAGGCGGAGCUGCUGCUUUCCCCGGUGAUUCCACCAGGGGGCCCUUUCACCCCCAGCGACCCCCAGAGCCUGCAGGCCCUGGACCCCACAGCCAGCGCUCAGCUGCUGGACAACAUCAUGGCCUGGUUCAACAACAACAUCAACCCCCAGAACAACCCCCAGAACCUGGCUCUCAUCCCGUCCCCGCCCACCACAGAAACGGACUCCUCCCCCGACACGCACGCCGGCGCCGAGAAGGACGGGACCGCCGCACCGGUCUGGCAGCCCCUGGAGGGCGCAGCCGGCGGCGGCCGCGAGGCCCCAAAGAGGCCCGACUCCUUGGAGCUGGAAAAUACAGACGUCAGAGAGGAGGGUGUGAGCGCAGGGUGUGUGUCGGACCUGUCGCUGGACGAAGAGCACACACACCCGCGGUCACAUGGCCAAGCUGACCCGGCGGCGGCGGAGAGCGAAGCGGACACCGUGCUGCAGCUGGAGGGCGGCGGGUCACCGGAGGAGUGGGAGGAGCAGGAACACUUGGUGUGACGGCGAGCAGAGAGGAAACCGAUCAGAGUGUUUGCCGGAUGUACCAUACUGUAUUUAAAGAUGAUGUCACACACAGGUUGGACAGUCCAAGUGCUUUCUGUCUGUUGCUCCAGAAACAGACAACCAAUUAUUCAUGAAAACAACAACAACAAAAGUUUCAGAUUAGGUGAAAGAAAAUCCGUUGAUAUCAGAACACAUGAACCAUGGUUUUUAUUUUUAUUAUUGCCAUUAUUUAUGCUCCAGCUUCUCAUAUUUAUUUCCUGAGUUUAGGGAUGAAGUGUUGGUGCUGCAAUCCAAACUUGCCUCAUGUUUUAACACUUGACUGACUGACUGACUGAUUAUAGAUGAUUGCUGUAAACCCGGAGCCCGAUGGGUGCGCUGUACAAUCAGAGGGGCUUACUUCAGAUUCCCGUGCCUGUUGUUGGUGCCAACACACUGAUCGCUCCUGCAUCGCUCUUAUGUUGUACUGUUGUGUUUCUGCUGCAGGGACGUUUAAAGUCGAAUCCCUUCUCACGGUGGACUGAUUUGCUCAAAGGCACUUCUCAGAUGAAAGAAUCAUUUCAGUGCAUCUGAAGAAUAGAGGCGUUUACAUAUACUCAUCAUGGAGGACUGGUCCUAUUUAUUUGGGGUUUUAAUUGAUUUAUUUAUUUAGUUUAUUUCACACUUUGGAAUAGUUAUGCAAGGGGCAAUAGUGUGUAUUUUCCAGGCACAUAAUGCCAUUUUAUAACCCAGUCAAGUAACUGUUACUUUCAGUUUUUAUCAAAAUGCUGCAUAUGUCAAACUUUGCAAUUUGGCACCUUGAAAUUGGGCCUCUGUCUCUUUAAGAAGCUCCAACACUUUCCAACACUCCCACCUUCAGCACGUCAUCACAACAAUGCUCCUCCUUAUGCCAUUUAAGGCCGUUUUUAGGAGCAUUGGACCAAGAAGUAGAUGAAUAAGUUAAGAGAUUUUCUCAACAGCAAUCAUGGUCAGAAUUAUACAUCCAGGCUCAAAUAUGUUAAUGCACCCCAAUAUUUAGUUAAAUGGUUUAGCUAAUGGUUUAGCUAGCUAAGUGAUUUAGCUAGCUAUAGCUGUGACAAUAGCAGCUGUCGAUGGCUUGAAAAAGCAUACAAAUGAAGUGCAGCCGUCUGUUCCAUAUGCAGCUAAAUAUGUGUGAAUAUUUGUUCAUAUUUGAGCCGAAGAAAAGACGUCUCCACCCGAACUUUGUUUUUAAAACUGAAUUUGUGCGCCAUGUUAUGAUUUUCAAAAAUGUGAAGAUUAAUUAUUGAAUCCCCAAAUUAAUAUGACAGCCGUAGAGCACCGUGGUGCGUCUGUGUAAACCUCUGAUCAAAGCUGCAUUUAACUCACUUUGGCUCGUAAUUUUUGUUUGCAAAACUCUAAAAUUUGCGUAAUUUCAAAGUAAAUCUCAGCUAUGACGCAUUCAGGCGAGUUGUUUUGAAAGGCAAGUUUCCAGCGAAUCAAAAUGUAAAACAAUAUAAUGUGAAAUGGUUAAAGACGUUUUUUGAGGGGAGUUUUUUUUUUUUUUUUUUUUUUUGCCGUCAUGUAAUUCUUAUAGGGGAAUAACACGCAUCGCCUUAUAUGCUGAUAUCUAACUUAAUUACGCUCAUUAUUUUAACUUUGAUGUUGAGGCUUGUAAAGAAAAGAAAUUCACACUACAGCAAAAGUCAUUAAAUGCAUUAUUUUCUUCUAACAUUUAAGAGGAAAAACACCUCAAGCGACUUAAUUUGCUAUGUUCUGCUUGAUUUAAGAGUUUUGCACAUAAUAGCGGAGACAAAGUUAUAGUUAAUGUACUGUAAAGCAGAUCAUAUCUACUCCACUGCUGUUGACUGGUAUAGUUUGAUGUAACUGGUAUAAUGAUGUAAAAGAUUUAUCCUUUAUGAAUUAAGACAGAGAUGAUCUUCUUUUCAAGAGUUAAGGCCAGAGUUUUAUUGGUCUGUGUGCCUUUUUAUCUUGUAUUUGUUUAUAUUUAUUAUAGUUUUCACUUUUUAGACCUGCAGAGCAAAGAUUUUAUUUAAAGAAAACGGAGGAAACGCCGCUUUAGAUACUCAUUUGUCCUAAAUGAGCCCCACGGUGACGAGGUUGAUUUUUAGGAGGGUUUUCACACUACAAAUGAGCAGCGGGUUUAUCUGAAUGUUCAGUUUGUUUCAUUAGCUCAGGCUAGAACAUUGCGUCAUUUUAUUCCCUGCUGUAAUGUUUACAGGAGAUUCAAACACUGCCCGCUGUGGUGAGAGACGCUUUGGUGCUUUAAUCAAACUUUCAUGGCUCGAGAUCCGAUGCAGCUGACGUGACAACCCCAAAUGAAACGGCUAACGUCGAUUGUCGCGACGUCGGAGGAACCGGUGCGAGGCGUAACGUUUCAGGUUACAGGUCGGUUUUCUCUUACAUCGUAGAGCAGUGGAAGCACUGAACCUGAAGUCUUCAUUUUACACCAGCACAGCUGGCAGGUGGAGUAGAAUGAUUAUUACUUUUGUUUUUUUUCUACAUGAGAAUAGGGUUGUUUGUGUUGAAUAAUUGUCCAGUGCCAUUUGGUGCCCCUCUCACUGUAUUCUUGAUUUAUUGCGCUGAACCAACAACUUCAUAAAUUAAGGGAAAAAGAAGAAAGAAACUGCACUCUUCAUUGAUUUUACUUGAUACAUUCCCGCCUGGUCUCAAGAAAGGUUUGAUGUGUGGCCAAAUCUACAAGUGAAAGUGUCAGUGCAGAGUUUACUCAAUAAAAAAGAACUGAAAAUGUG